AUGGUCCCGGAAAUGGAGCAACCAAACUUCAUAUUUUUGAAUACAACGGGGGCGUCGAGUCUCUCUCAGUCCACUGCUAGACGAAUGAGGGCGCAUAUCACGAAAACUAAUUUCGCGAAAAGACGCCAGCAGAUUAGAUGCGCUAAGCUGUCCAGGACAAAAGAAAAUGACAAUCUUCCUGUGCGGAAGGAUCGACUCGAGCUAUCUAUGCAGAGCAAAAGUCCCACGACCUCGACAAGCAAGUUGAAUAUCACUUUGCCGAUAUCCACCUGCCCCGACCCAGCUCGCGAUGCAGGAACUUUUCAUAAGCUGCAAGAGCUUGUCUUCCUGGAAGGCAGACACUCUCCAGGUAGCACAAGCGAAGCAGCCUGGUUUAAUCUGAUUGCCUCGGACCCCGCGCUGAUCGAAGCUUCAAUGGCUGUAGCUGUGCGACAUUGGUCCCCAGAUAACUCAUGUCAACUGAAAGCAACUCGACAUUCAUAUGCAGCUGUCAAUCUCAUCAAGCACCGAAUAAUGUCUACAGUAACUCGGACAGACGGUGUCCUUGGAGCAGUCAUCACAAUGGCGUUUGGGGCAUCUUUGGAAAACAACGACCUUGCUUGGAAUAUACAUAUAGAUGGACUGGCGCAUAUUAUCGAAGACAGACAAUCUCGAACUACAGAACCGCCACCAUCAUGGCUUAAAGAUCUUGUUGUCCAGGAUUCCGUCAACGCCAUCUUCAGUUUCCCACGGCUGUAUCACGAGCGCAUUCUCAAGGUAAUGAUCGACUACGAUGAUCAAAGAAUUUCAAACAUAAAGGCAAUAUGCGACAGUGUUAUACAGGUUCAGAAAGUGAUCGAUUCCCAUCACAAGCACCAAUUUGAAUCGACGUUUGUGGCUCAAGAAAUCGAGGAGCCGUUGGCCAAUCUACAUUACCAAGUACGGGCUCUUCGAGCUAUCAGUGACGCAUACGUUCAGGCCACUGCGCGAGCGAUUGAACUAGUGCUUUAUCUCCUUUGGCCUUCCCAGUCGGGAGCGCAUUUAACAUUUCUUGCGGGAGAGAUGAAAGAAUCAAUAUCCCGAUUUCCGAUUAAAGGGUGCUCCUAUAUGAAUUUGACUUCCUUUCAGCUCAUGAUUGGGGCCAUUGCUGCAGAUAAGGGGUCGCCCACAAGGUCAUGGUUUGUUAACACAUUGGCAAGAGAGGUGCGAGCAAUGCAGUUACGUGGUUGGAGCAAACCACUUAGUCUACUGCAAGAUAGGUACAUGUCUAGUGUAGGUCUUAUGGGGCGGUUUCAAGCUCUCUGGAGGGAAUUAUAUCAUGUAGCGGCUGAACUUGAAUUUUGA